AAGCGCGGUACCUGAGGGUCUUUCCGCCACCGGUGCCGCUGCAGCAUGGCCGCCGUCCCGCCCGACUCCUGGCAGCCGCCCACCGUUUCCAUGGAGACCACGUAAGGGGCGGGGCCUCGUACCGGUGCCGGUACCGGCACGGGUGGUCCCGCCCACCCCUGGUCCCGGCCCCUUCCGCGGCGCUGGGGAUAAAUCGGUGUCCGCUCCCUACCCUCCCCGGCUUCCAUGCAGUCCCGGUGUUCAUAAGUCCCUGGUGUCCGAGAGCCCCCGGUAUCGGGCAGACCCAGAACUCCACAGGAUGGGCCCACUUGUGCUGGAACUGUACUGGCAACACGCUCCCCGCACCUGCAAGAACUUUGCUGAGCUGAGCCGCCGUGGGUACUACAAUGGCACCAAGUUCCACCGCAUCAUCAAGGACUUCAUGGUGCAGGGAGGAGACCCCACGGGUACUGGCCGUGGUGGUGCCUCCAUCUAUGGGAAACAGUUCGAGGAUGAGCUGCACCCUGACCUGAAGUUCACUGGUGCUGGGAUCCUGGCAAUGGCCAAUGCAGGGCCAGACACCAAUGGAAGCCAAUUUUUCCUGACACUGGGCCCAGCACAGUGGUUGGAUGGGAAGCACAGCAUUUUCGGGAGAGUGUGCCAAGGCAUGGGGGUGCUGGGGCGCCUAGCCAUGGUGGAGACCAACUCCCAGGACCGACCCCUCGAUGAUGUCAAGGUCAUCAAGGCGUAUCCCUCGGGGUAGGGGUGUGGGGUGCCGUCCCUCCAAAUUGUACUGCUCGUUUGUAAUAAAAGAGGUUGGACGUGG